CACGUGAGUAAUCGAUAUUGAUUUCAAUUAGAGGGGGUGCACAGCUUUAUGUCCGAUGACUGUACAGAAGAUACCCCUUUACUUCGCAAGGAGGAAGAGAAGAUUGCAUGCCGAACGGGUCCGCGCCCAGUUCCCGAGCUAUGCCGUCAACGCGGUCUUCGACGCAAACUACGUCACCAUUGCCAUGUUAUUCACCUCGACCCGCACCCCGUCCGAGCCGUUCUUCGCCGCCAUUCACAAGUACAUCUACGACGUCGUUUGUCCCGCCGGUUUCCGAACAAGCUCACAAUGGAAGCCACUCUGGGAUCAUCUUAAAAGACUCCGCAGCGGUGAAGUGACGCACAACAUCAAGGGCACGUUCCUGGCGAUCCUGUCGCAAACGCUGGAGAACCGAGCCGUGCUUGCGAUGGAGCAAUUCUUCCAGAGUAAAUCUCUGGAUGUCGGUGCCCUCAUCUUUGACGGCCUCCUCUUGCGUAAAGAGAGGGACGUGAUGGACCUGGAGCUACUUUGCAUCUACAAUGUUCGCAUUUGUGAGGGAAUGGGUUAGCGGCGGCCAGCACAGCAAUGCAGAAAGCAAUGAGCAGACUUACGGCGGGAUUCAUUGUGACGGCUUGAUGAGUGAGUGGGGGUGGUGAGAAUGCGCGGGGAUCACUGGUCCUGCUGAGCGGACUUUAUGUGCCUUCUG